AUGGGUGCCAGCGACUCGAAGCUCGUCUUCAAGAAGGGCAUCUUCAGGUUGUCUGAAGAAAGACACAUACCUGCCGAUGACCCCUACUGGACCUCUUUUUGGGAGCUCCCCGAAUCCUCAGAGGACAUUUUCAGCCUCUUCUCCCCCGCCGAUAUUCGUCGCACCAGAGAUAAAGCCCUCGAGAACCUAGAAACCCUCAUACUCGCCGUCACAUCACGACUCUUCAUCCUACGCCAUCAUCCCUCGUUUCCCGACCCGGAGAUCGCGCCCGAACGAGACGCCCUCAAUUGCAUCCGAGUUCUGACACGCAUUCUCCCCUUCGUUUACGAAGCUGAACACCUUCAAUCAUGGGAAGAAACAUUCUUUUGGGGGGCUAGGAGGAAGAGAACGAGGCAAUCGGCCAUCGCCAACGAAGUGCUGUUUGACGGCGGGGAGGAUGGCCCGCGAUCGCCCAAGCCCAGAAGCGACCCCGAAGACUUCGAAGACGCCAAGCCUCUCGCCGAAGAGCUCAUCGAUACUCUUGUCGACCUUCUGUUCUUUUCCGAUCUCACUCUACCCAAGCAACCUCAUGGACAAACCAAAGUCACAUACGCCAUUUGGCAAAGUGGUGUAGGCUGUAACACAGUAGUCGCUACCACCAAGGAAUAUGAGAGCAAUCGAAGCGAAAUACUCCGCCUGCUCAUGACAAUGACCAGUCAGAGCAUGUACAUGUCGCCCAACACUUUGCCGCAGAAGGGAGUCCGGGCCUUGACGCACAUUUGCACAUGUUCCGACAAGCAAGUUGUGUUAUCAGUGCUCUGCUCGUUGCUUAAUACUACCCUCAAGUACAACCCCGCUACCUGGCGCGUGCCCUACAACACGCUGGUUUUUAAAGAUGAGAAGCAGAUACUGGUGACAUACACAUUGCAGUUGUUGCUGGUAUUUCUCUUGUAUCCUAUACCCGAGCAGGAUGGUACCACGUCGAAAAACUUCUACCGCCACUUCCUCGGAAGGCUCCAUCGUCCACAGGAUUUCCAGUUCAUUGUCGAUGGUAUGACGCGCAUACUCAACCAGCCUCUCCAGGAGAAGAGUUCCUACCUCCCCAGCGGACAGCCAACGGCAAAGUUUGCUCCCGAAAUCAUCAUGCUGUUCUGGGAGAUCACUCAGUGCAACAAGAGAUUUCGUUCGUUUAUUAUCGAUACCGAGCGAGUCCAUGAUUUUGUCAUCUUGACGCUGUUCUACGCAUUAGAAUACAAGAAUGACCCUUCCAAGCAGGGUGUGGUACGGAUGUGUGCGUUCUUACUACAGACACUCAGUGUAGAAAAGAACUUCGGUACAAACAUGAACCGCAACUUUUCGCGACAAGACAGUUUGCCCUUGGCCAUCAGGAUACCGGGGUUCAGCGGAACACAUGCCGACUUCUUGAUUCACUCAAUCUAUAAUCUAAUCACUACCAGUCAAGGCAGACUGAACGCUAUCUAUCCGGCUCUGCUCGCAGUUAUCAACAACAUCGCCCCCUACCUCGAAGGGCUGAGCUCGGCAUCUGCCUCUAAGCUGAUGCAACUCUUCUCGUCAAUGUCGUCACCCUCGUUCCUUUUGGCCAACGACAGCAACCACGACCUUCUGAGGUCGCUGUUGGAAUCAAUCAACUCAAUCGUUGAACAUCAAUACCAAAAAAAUCCCGAAUUGGUAUUUGCAAUCUUGCGCAACAAGAAGCGCAUUGAGGCCCUGCGAAGCUUCACGCUUGAGAGUGGCCAGGAAGAGAUCGAGAGACGAAACCGCCGCCGCAAGGAGGCCGCGGCUAAUGGGGAUGGGCUGGAACCCAGUUCUGUUAGGAGCUCCGUGGAGAGUAUCCGCAGCCCGACCACCUCGCAUCCUCGACAACCUACUCUGAGCGACGUACCAGAAGAUGGCACCUUUGCGAUUGGUGACGACGAGGAUGACAGCGAAGACGAUGAUCAUCGUCCAACGCCAGCACAAUCAACCACGAGCGAAAACCCUUCUGUAACGUCUUCCCAAGCCGAUUAUGCAGAAGAUGCAGUUCCCACUCAGCUUCGAGGAAUGUCAGAAAAGGCCCGGGGUAAAAUGCCUGCUGGGAUGAGCAAUUUCUCGAGGCAGAACAGUACCACAAGCCUCGGCGGAUACUCGACCAGCGGCCAGUCACAGUCGGGGGCUUUCGAGCCUACAGCGCAAUGGAUCGAAAGCUGGCUGCCAGAGUUGCCUCUUCAUACCAUGCUCACUUUGAUCCAACAGGUGACGGCUUUACUGCCACGUCAAGCACUCGCAGGAGAAUCUGCAAACAGAGAAACAUUGCAGAAGAUCCAGGAGAUCAAGCUUGUGGGUGUCGACCCAUCCUCGCCACGUGUGCAUUCUUUUGAAUGGUCGCAGCUGGCUUUGGGCUGGUACGAAUCGCUUCUUUGGGGCUUCGUCUUCAGUAGCGAAAUCCAGGUCUCCAAGGGCACAGUCGGAAUCUGGAAUGGGACAGCGAUAAAGCUGUUCCGUGUUCAAGAGACGGCGCCUCAAGGGCCGAGCUUGACCUCACCCAGAGGAGCUGUCGACGCUGUGGGAAGCAACAUAGUGUCCCGCAUUGGCGCCAUGAACCUACGCGGAGCCCCAGGGGGAGCGGCACCACCCGCACCACAACGUCCUGCGUGA